UGUUAGCAGUGUACCCACAUCUGAUUACGGACAACAACAACCUUCCUCAAGCUCAUUGAGAGAAAUGUCGGGAAUGGACCACUGAUAAGCGCCUCGUAUUUACGUUCAGUUCGCCCGAGUGUGCAGAUAAAUGGAGCACAGCAUCAAUUCCCGGCCGCUGCUGCAGCCCAGUGAUAGUGAAUUUGGCGAAUCCGACGGGGAUGCCAGGGCAUCGAAUGACGAUGUGGAAAUCCGGACGGAGACAAAGAACGAGCCCAUUGAUCGUCUCAACAUCAUCUACAUGAUCUUCUACCUCCUGGGCAUGACAACGCUCCUCCCGUGGAAUUUCUUCAUCACAGCUGAGAAUUACUGGAUGUUUAAGUUUCGCAAUGUGACGGGAAAUGACUCAGACGUUCUCACGCCCAUCCAGAGGACCUUCACAUCGGAUCUAAGUGUCUCAUCGGCCGUUCCCAAUACGGUCUUCCUCAUACUCAAUGCAUUCCUCAGUCACAGGAUUUCCCUACAGAUCCGCAUGUUGGGCUCCAUGGGAAUCAUUUUUGUGCUUUUUAUCUUCACGACUGUCUUUGUGGAAGUUGACACGGAUUCCUGGCAGCGCCCCUUUUUUGCCAUCACCAUCACCACCGUUGUUGUGAUGAACAUCGCUGCUGCCAUCCUAUCUGGUGGACUUUUUGGGAUUGCUGGACAAUUUCCAUCUGAAUACAUGACUGCAGUGGUCAGUGGCCAAGCAUUGGGAGGAAUUUUCGCAGCUCUCUGUGAGAUCAUUUCUUUGACAUUUGGAGCUUCGCCCAAUACAACAGCCCUGGUUUACUUCAGCAUCGCCAUUGUGGUGAUGAUUAUCUCCCUGGCGACAUACUUCCUCAUGUCCAGGACGCUCUUUUUCAAAUACUACACACACACAGCCUCACGAGCCCCACGAAGGUUGCAGGAUGAAACAAGGCUCCUGGGGGAAUCGCCUUCAUCCCCGGAUUUCCGAAUUAUUCUCCGGAAAAUCUGGCUCUACGGCUUCUCCGAGUGGUUUGUCUUUGUCGUCACACUAUCCGUGUAUCCAGCUGUUACCGUUCUGGUUCACAGCGAAAAUCACGGCAAUGGACAUCUCUGGAAUGACGUCUUCUUCACCACUGUCGUCAACUACUUAAUCUUCAACUCUGGCGACUACUUGGGCAGGAUAAUUGCCGGCCUCUUUGAAUGGCCUGUUAACCGUCCACGCCUCGUGGCUUUCGCAACAAUCCUCCGUGCUGCCUUUGUGCCCUUCUUCCUCAUGUGCAACUCCACCCCACGCUCCAAUUUGCCCAUCCUCGUGCAUUCCGACGCUGUUUUCAUCGCCCUCAUGUGCGUCUUUGCCCUCUCGAACGGCUACAUUGCCAACAUUGCCUUCCUCUGUGCCCCAAAAGUCGUUGCGCCGCAUGAAAAGGAAGUUGCAGCAUCCAUGAUGGCGGCUUUCCUGGGCAUUGGAUUGGCUUUUGGCUCUGGCCUAGGGCUGAUUUUCGUGGAAAUCCUCUGAGGCAGUAUUUAUUUUUUAAUUGAUUAGUUAAGCACGCUCCUCUUUAGGACAAUUCUCACAUCGAGCUGCAAUUCCAUGUACUCUCUUCUCUUUCUAUACAGCCACGAACACAGGAACAAGGAUCUUGGACAUUUUUUUUUGUGAUAUUUCUUUUACAGGAGCUAAUAUAAUUUUACAUCCUACACCCCAAAGGCAUCUUAUUGUGCAAACUAGCCAAUUUGUUGUUUAUUAGUAGAGAGUCAAGUUUAGAAUUUUAGUUAAAUAAAUGGGUUAAAAAUUGAA